AUGGAUGUUGCAGAUAAGAAUUUUCUGCUAACUUCAACCACAGAAGAUUAUGUGUAUCCUGAUUUGGUAACAUACAGAGUCAAAGAUCUCGGCUUAGUAGAAGAAAUUUUCAAGCCUGUCCUGUACAGCAUCGUUUUUACCUGUGGACUUGUUGGGAACGCCCUGGUUUUGUGGAUACUGAUAUGGUUUAAGAAGCUGGCUUCAGUGACUGACAUAUAUCUGCUUAACAUGGCGAUUUCUGAUUUACUGUUUGUCUUCUCGCUUCCAUUUGUUGUUUACGCCAUUAAAUAUGAGUGGGAAUUUGGCGAUGCAAUGUGCAAAAUACUGUCUGCAGUAUAUUACAUUGGCUUUUUCAGUAGUAUUUUCUUCGUAAUAGUCUUAAGUGUGGACAGGUAUCUAGCAAUUGUCCAUGUGGUCUUUUCACUCAAGUUCAGGACUAUGCAUUUGGGCAUCAUUGUCACUUUGUCUGUUUGGGCAUGUUCUUUUAUCUUUUCUUUACCUCACUUUAUUUUUCACAAACAGAGUAUAAAAGAUGGAUUUAAAUAUUGUUCGGUUUCUUAUUCAGAAAACCAAGAAGUGACAAUGACACUGCUGUCAUAUUUGCAAAUUAAUCUUUUUGGUCUAAUAAUCCCAUUUGCAGUUUUAUUUUUCUGUUACUCUCGUAUUAUUAAAAAUUUACAAAACAGUAAGAGCAGGCAGAAGAAAUAUGCAGUUAAGUUGAUAUUUAUCAUUGUUGCUGUGUUUUUUCUCUUUUGGACUCCAUAUAACAUUGUGGUAUUUUUAAAGUUUUUAGAACUACUUGGCAUAUUUAACUUGACUUUGCAAGAUCUGUAUAAUUUCUCAGAAACACUGAAUACUGCAAUGGACAUCACUCAGACAAUAUCAUUUAUCCAUUGCUGUUUAAAUCCUAUCAUUUAUACUUUUGCAGGGGAAAACUUUCAGAAGCAUUUAUACAGAAUGUUUAGAAAGCUCCUAAAAUGUAUGAAAGUAAAUAAAGUAUGUGGAUCUUUUGAAAACUCAGUUAUAGACCGUGUUUCCAGUACCACAAGGGAGUCUCGAUCUUCAUCUUUUACAGAAGCUGUUGUGUGA